AUGCUGGAUGCUAAAUCUGUUCAGACUCCUCUCGGUGCUCACCUGAAGCUUUCACAUGAGCAAAGUCCACAAACUGAAUCUGAUAAACUGGAAAUGGCAGGGAUACCUUAUGCUAGUGCACUGGGGAGCCUAAUGUACUUGAUGGUUUGUUCAAGACUAGAUUUAGGUUUUGCUGUAAGCUUGGUUAGCAGGUUCAUGAGCAAUCCAGGAAGGACUCACUGGAUGGCUCUUAAAUUGAUUAUGAGAUACUUAAAAGGAACUAAAUCAGUUGGAAUUAUUUUUAAGAAAAAUCAUAAUUGUGAUGAGUGUGUUGAGGGGUUUUGUGAUGCAGAUUAUGCAGGGGAUUUAGACAGAAGAAAGUCAACAUCUGGGUUUGUUUUUACCUUGUGGGGAAACAUAGUCAGUUGGAAGUCAAAGUUGCAGCAUAUGAUAAUUUUGUCUUCAACUGAAUCAGAGUAUGUUGCAUUGACUGAGGCAGCAAAGGAGGCCACCUGGCUGAAAGGUUUGAUCAGUGAGCUGGGUGUUGAGCAGCAAGCUGUGAAGAUUAACAGUGACAGUCAGAGUGCGAUCCACCUUUGUAAAAAUCAAAUUUACCAUGAAAGGACCAAACACAUUGAUGUCCGCCUUCAUUUCAUUAGGGAAAUGAUUGAAAAAGGGGAAAUUGAGAUUGAGAAAAUUGAUGGAUCUCACAACCCAGCCGACAUGUUCACCAAACCUGUCCCAUUUGAGAAACACAGACUCUGUAUGAGUCUACUUCAAGUUCAAGAGUGA